AUAAGGAGACUUAAGGGACUAUGAGCAAAAUGAAGAUUAAACGUUGGAGUACAGCCGGUUGAUAAGACUGAUUUUUAUCUUUCAAUCACUUUCCAGGGUAUAUUUUACAUUGAAUAUUGUAGAAAAGCGAAAAUGUCCAAGCUUUAAACGUAAAAGUCAGACGUUAUGAGCGCUUUCGUGUUUUGUUGUGAGCUUUAUUGUGUAAUUGGGAGAUACUCCCUUACUCUAAAAACAUGGCGAGGUACUAUCGGGUGGUUUGGACUUAGUUGGUAGUUCGCAUUUAGCACUGUUUGUUGGUCUUUUCAAAAACAAAAGUUUUCAUUUAAACUCAUAAAACCGUUUGAACUGGAGCCGUCAAAGUGGAUCACAGCGGCGCUAUGAAAAUUAUGAAAGGUGUUUGUUUUGUAAAGUGAGUCGAGGCUUUCCUGUCAUGGCAGAAGAAAGUUCCAGCAGUAACGUUAGCCUCAGUCCUAGUUUGGUUAGCAGUCGCGGCCAACUCGUCCAGAGAAGGCUGACCAGCCUGGAGAGAGGCGGACACAGCAGAACGAUGUUCGAUCUCUCAGAAAACGACCAUGAAGUCCAAUUUGACACUUCAGACUCAGACAACAACAGCAGGGUACUGAUGGCAGGGAGACAGUAUCCAUCCAUUCAGGAGUUUGCCUCUGCCAUCCCCAACCACUUGCUGCUGGGCUCUCUGCUGGAACACUUGUGCUUUGUUUAUGAGAGUGACCCUACACGCUCACGCUUGCUGUUCAAGGUGAUUGGUCAGCGCCUGGCAGCAAUGAACCUCCUCUCUCCACUGGCCAUUAGUGACGAGUUCAGCACUGUGCGGCUGCAGCACAACCGGGCCUUCACCGAGCUUCUGCAUGCAGCCAGCUCAUCACUCUUCCCUCAGGACCAUAGGUACUUAAAUGCAGAAGGUCAGACCCCUGCGGUAAGGACGAAAGAUGGUCUUUUUCAAGCACAAACAUCUCGCUACCUCAGUGAAUUUGAAGAAAUGUCAACAUUGGGCAAAGGAUCAUAUGGCAAAGUCUUUAAGGUAAAAAACAAGUUGGAUGGGCAGGAUUAUGCUGUAAAAAAAAUUCUUAUCAAGAAUGUGACAAGGGAUGACUGUAUGAAGGUUCUUAGGGAGGUCAAAGUUCUGUCUAGUCUUCAGCAUCCAAAUAUAGUUGGCUAUCACACUGCUUGGAUGGAGCAUGUGCAACCUACUAUGAAUAAUCCUAAACCAAUGCUUCCAAACUCCAUUCCAGCUUUAGAAACACCAUCACAAACAGAAGGACAUUUUGAGGAAAGCACCAAUGGAUCAUCCAUUGUUUUUGAAAGCACUGAAUGUUCAAAGGACCGAAAAAAACAACCUACACAGAGCCCAGAGAGUACCUCGGUGCAAUCUACAAAGACAAAAGAGGAGAGGAGUCAAGGUGUGUGCCCGAAAAACAUGCGCAACCCACAGAACUUUGUUCCGUGCGUGUUCCUGGGUAAGCCUCGUUCUGCUGUGGAUGCCUGCCCUGCCCUCAGCUGGGAUGAUUCAGCCCUGUCAGAAGACGAGAUCAGUCAGAACAAAGUGGAGUUAAACAACAACUCCUACAUCGAUAUGGACAGUCAGCAGGCUGAAAAACAUCCAAACAAGGUCCAGUUUCACUUGAUGCUCUACAUUCAAAUGCAGCUAUGUGAGCGUUCUCUGAAAGACUGGAUUCAGGAAAGGAAUUGCAGACCUAAGGCAGAUCUCACAAUGUCAAGAGGUCCUUACCAGUCACUGGACUGUGAACAAGCAUUACAUAUUUUAAAGAACAUACUUGAAGGAGUGGAGUAUAUUCACUCCCGUGGAAUCAUGCACAGAGACCUUAAGCCACGGAACAUUUUUCUUCAAGGCCAUGAAUACCAUGUGAAGAUAGGAGACUUUGGAUUGGCGUGUAGAGAUAUUGUAGUAAACGAAAAUGAACAGCUACCUUUGCAUUCUGCGCUAGAAACAAAUGCAGGGUCUGCUCACACCACUGGAGUGGGAACGUUUGUUUAUGCUUCCCCAGAGCAACUAGAGGGCUCUCACUAUGAUUCAAAGUCAGAUAUGUUUAGCAUCGGGGUGGUUGCUGUUGAGUUGUUCCAGCCUUUCGGGACAGAGAUGGAACGUGUUCACGUGCUUGAGGAGCUGAGACGGGGAAAAGUUCCGGACACCCUAGCUGCGAACUGGCCAGUCUUGACCAAACAAAUCAAACUACUGACCAGCUCCAGUCCCUCAAUGCGACCAAGUGCAUCUCAGCUACUGCAAAGUGAUCUUUUCAGCACCAAAGACAUGGUAAUCCACAGUUUGCGGCAGCGGAUUGAUGAGCAGGAAGAGGAAAUUGUUCAGCUAAGGAGACAGAUAAGCCAGCUACAGAGCUCGCAAAAUGUGGCUCACGAUCCAGAGAAGACUUGAGUAUAAUAAUUUCUCAUCAUCCUCUACGGUGCAUACUAUAUGUAUAGGUUUUUUGUUAUGUUUCUUUUUUUGCAAAUGCUUGUAUGUAUAGGGCAGCUUUGUUUGUGUGUACAAUAUUUUAUGUGCCAUAUUUGACUUAACUGUAAACUGUAAAAGGAAAAAAAUAAAAAUUACAGAUGUGUUGUGUA